AUGACCACCUACGGCUACAUAGGCGCCAGUGUUUGUCUUCUAGGUGUCUUUGGUGCUCUGUACGGCAUAUUUCACAUUGUUAAAGACAUCUCUUCCCUCCGAGAUGAGAUCACUGGAGGUAUGGGCGAGUUCCGUUUGAUGGUCGAUGACACUUGGGAACGACUUCUGGUACUUCAAAGUCCCACUGGAGAAUCAGCUCAUUCUAUGCCUAGCCUCUUUCGUGCAAAACGUGCCAUCAAAUCGGAUGUAUGUCAUUGUUCUGUGUCUUCGAUCGGAUGCCCUGCGGGACCACCAGGACCACCUGGACGACCAGGUUUACGAGGACACGAAGGAGCUCCAGGGAUAGACGGGAAACCUGGCGCCCCCGGAGUUAGCCUCGCCUUCACCUAUGAGAUUCCUGGUGGAUGUAUAAUCUGUCCGACGGGACCACCAGGACCGCCAGGAGCUGAAGGCUUACCUGGUGAGCAGGGAUUCCCAGGUGCCAUCGGAGUAUGUGGUCCACCUGGAGAAGAUGGCCAGCCCGGACAACCAGGAGAACAAGGCGAGCAAGGAGCGCGGGGAUUGUCCGGGUUUGACGGGGCCCCCGGUCCUGAUGGACAGCCUGGUUUCGCUCACUUCCCAAGUGCUCCUGGACAACCAGGCGAGCCGGGAUGGGCCGGCCCUCCUGGUCAACCUGGUAAGGCCGGGGAAGCAGGCUCACCGGGUGCCGCCGGUCUCCCAGGUCCACCUGGUAUUCCUGGACACCAAGGACAUGACGGAAAUCCUGGGCUACCAGGAUUGAUGGGUCGUGCUGGUGAACCAGGUCUCGAUGCUCACUAUUGUAAUUGUCCUGAACGACGUAAGAAGACUGACGAUGUUGCUGUGGAGGAUAACCCUUACCGCAGGAAACACAUUCGUCUUUAG